AAGGAAUAAUCCAUUUGGCUCAAGGCUAAUGUUUUGACCCUGUAAUUUUGACUUCCUGUCUAAUGUGAUACCUCUCACUAGCAGAUGAGAUUUGUCUUUCAAAGCUUUACACUUACACUGAAUUAAAAAUCACUCCACUGCUCCUAAUUUGGGGGUCUUUGAAGGUGUGAAGAGCAUGCGUGUUUAAUUAUAAUUGUGUAGUUACUAAACUGACUAUACAUUCAUAAUGUCGCUGCAUAGAGGAGCCACAACGCAAGGCCGUAAGAAGGUUCAGGUGUCGUUUGUGAUACGAGAUGAGGUGGAGCGCUGCCAUAGGUCUGGGGUCAAUGCCCUGCAGUUUGACCCCUACCUCCAGAGACUGUACUCGGCCGGCCGAGAUUCUAUCAUCCGAAUUUGGAAUACCAGGGCCAAUAAGCCUGUGCGAGUGCCAAGUGGGCGUUCCUCUGGCGACUACGACAACGAUCGCUGGCGGGCCGCUCCGGCCUUCUCACAGCCCUACAUGACCAUCAGAGGCAAGGAAAGUUGAAGAGUACGGAAAGGCUGACUUUGAGGAGAUUGUGAAAACACAUUUCAAGAUGGUGUAUGUGCCCAACUGGUUCUCGGUGGAUCUCAAGACAGGGUUACUCACCAUCCACCUGGAUGAGUCGGACUGUUUUGCCGCGUGGAUGUCCACCAGAGACUUGGGGCUCGAACUCUUGCCAGACGCGCCCGAGACCAAAAGUUCUAGACCCCAACAUGGACCUGCGCACCGUCCGACACUUCAUCUGGAAACAGACAGGGGACCUGACUCUGCACUACCGCCCGCUGUCCAAGAAGGAUUACCCCUCUUUCUCCAAAUACUCGGCUAUGACCUCGGGGGAUACCUGAGGGAAAGACACGUGCGUGUGUGUGGGGAGGAGAUGGGGGGGUCAAAUGUGAUGGACGGACAAGACUGGAUGUGUGCACGCGUGUCGGUGUAUCGUCAGUGUGACGUGUAGUGAUGAUGUUCGUCCGUGGCAGGCAAAGAUGACCUUGACCUCACAUGACCGCGGGGUGGGGUGUGUGUGCGGAGGUAGCUGAUCGGGCCAGUCUUGGCGCAGGAAAUGAUGUUUGGGGCUGAGCUAGGCAGGAAGGUGAGGCUCUCUGGUUUCCCAGCUCACGUCUCCCUUCUUUGUCUGUGGUGGGCUCGGUGAGAUCUCACCUGGCCAUCUCGCCUGAUGUGUCUGUGCGAUAUCACCUGGCCAUAUCACCUGAUGUGUCUGUGCGAUAUCACCUGGCCAUCUCACCUGAUGUGUCUGUGCGAUAUCACCUGGCCAUCUCACCUGAUGUGUCUGUGCGAUAUCACCUGGCCAUCUCACCUGGCCAUAUCACCUGAUGUGUCUGUGCGAUCUCUCCUGGCCAUCUCACCUGAUGUGUCUGUGCGAUAUCACCUGG